AUGCAAGGUACAGGCCGGGUGUGCACCUGCCUAGACCUUCAUGCUUGGGAUGGGAGAUGGCAGGGGCGACAAUUCUCGGCAGAUCAAGCGCAGCUGCGGGUUACAGGUGCUCCUUCUGCCAUCUCAAACAAGGCACCGGCGCGGGCAUCACGAGAAAGGCAAGAGGCAGGAGCUGGGGCAGGAGCAAGAGCAGUCAGCACCUACCUGUGGUUAUACGGUUACUGUCAAGCCACAAUCGCUCCUCCGGGCUGCCUUCUCCCUCCUCCCUCCUCCCUCCUCCCUCCUCCUCCUCCGUCUUUCGUCCCUCCUCAUCUUCCACCCGGCCCGGAAAAGGAAUCAGCACCAAAACGAACCAUGCGUCUCACCAACCCCAACUCCCAAACACCAAAACCAAACGCCGUGUUCGAGAGCGCAUUCAAAAGAAACUCACACACUGCCGCCCUCUCCCUGCCAUCAUCCUCCCUCUUCCGUAUCCAUAUGCACAUGACAGAGACAUCGCCCCAAUACCAACAGCACUCGAUCGACAACGCCUUCGAUCCUUUCUGUCAUCACCACCAUCGCGUCUGCCCAUCGUCAGCUUCGUACGAAACACCCUGCAUCCAUCCCUCGUCACUCGCAGCCGCCGAUACGCAUUGCCGUCAAGCCAACACCAUCAUCAACAACAUCGACAUCAUCAAGCGCCCCGGAAUCCUGCUCCAAGUCACCUGCCUGUCUGAUCCUUCCUGA